ACGUGCCUGUGUUUACUGGGACGCAGCGUGAGCCGAAUGAAACUCUGCAUCUUCAUCUACUAUUUUUUACUGCCAAAAAUAGAUAAUAUAGCCUUAAUUUAACGCAGUAAUGCGACAUGUAAGGGGGACGUUACUUUGUUAGCAUGCUAUCUCAUAUCACGCUUCUAGGGGGAUGCUAACGUUAAGUUAGCCCCCCUGUUGAAGGAUGUUAGCUAAAUUUGGCAAGCAGAAGCUAGCUUUAGUUUGACUCUCGCCUCAAACAUCUGCAUGAUUGUUAGAUAUGAAUUAAAGAGGUCGUAUUUAGUUUACGUCUGAAGCUAUGCGGGCUUUAAACUACGUUCAGCGAGUGAGUUUGGAUUUUACAGGAACUCUGUUUCCACAUGCCAUCUGUCUGGGAGAUGCAGACAAUGACUCAUUGAAUGAGCUGGUUGUUGGAGACACAAGUGGAAAGCUGCUGGUGUAUAAAAAUGACGACUCCAAACCCUGGAUAACCCGGACCUGUGUGGGCAUGCUGACUUGUGUUGCCGUUGGAGACGUCUGCAACAAAGGAAAGAACUUUGUGGUGGCUGUGGGAGCAGAGGGCUGGUUUCACCUCUUUGACCUGACAGCUGCCACUGCGAAUAAAUCAGACACAUCGAGUCAGCACGAGUUCAUGUCCUCAGAUGACCAGAAGCCACUCUUCACCCAGCACAUACCUGCCAACACCAAAGUCAUCCUCAUCAGCGAUAUCGACGGUGACGGCCGCAGUGAGCUGGUGGUGGGUUAUACAGACCGGGUGGUUCGAGCUUUUCGCUGGGAGGAGCCGUCUGACAACUCAGACCUGGGAUCAGGACAGCUGGUCCUGCUGAAGAAAUGGCUUCUGGAGGGACAGGUGGACAGUCUGUCAGUGAAUCCAGGUCCUGAGGGUUUACCAGAGCUGAUGGUGUCCCAGCCCGGCUGUGGGUACGCCAUCCUGCUCUGCUCCUGGACCCAACAGGACUCCAGUGACACAGAAGAAGCUCCUGCCACCCCUGGGAGUGAAGGGCCCUCCAGAGACGUAGUUCUUCACUUGACCACUGGGCGGAUCCACAACAAGAACGUCUCCACUCAUCUUAUUGGCAGCAUCAGCAAAGGCUCUAAAGAGGAAUCUUCUAAAUGUGGCCUGUUUGCUCUCUGUACUCUGGAUGGUACCCUGAAGUUGAUGGACAGUUCAGAGCAGCUGUUGUGGUCUGUUCAGGUGGAUCAUCAGCUCUUUGCUUUGCAGAAACUCGACGUUACGGGCGAUGGCAGAGAGGAGGUGGUGGCGUGUGCCUGGGAUGGACAAACGUACAUCAUCGACCAUAAUCGGACUGUUGUGCGCUUCCAGUUUGAUGAAAACGUUAACGCCUUCUGCGCAGGUCAGUAUACAUGUAAGGAGGGGAAGAACAGCCCGUGCCUGGUGUACGUGAGCUUCAACCAUAAAAUCUACGUCUACUGGAAGGUGGAGCUGGAGCACAUGGAGUCCACUAACCUAUUCCGGGUCCUGGAGGAGAAACCGGAGUUUAAGAGCCACCUGAAGGCACUGGGAGUCGAUACUGAAGACCCAGCAGCAGUCAGAACACUGGUGUCAGAUAUUCUCUACAAGGACUCCCAGUCUUAACACAGUGACACCCAUCAGCACACUGCUAUCUGUGGUACCUCCCUCUGACUGUAAAUACUCUGGUAAUAAACUCUGAAUGUCUGA